CUCCCAUUUGUCUGUAGCCAGUUGUUGAUGUUUUCGGAAAUUCUUGUAAUUUCUUGACUGUUUCAGCUAGCUGUUGAUCAAGUGUCACCUUAGCUUCAUAUCUAGAUAUGAAGCUCCUCAUAUAUUUAUUUGCUCUACUUCUAGGAGCUUUUCAAAGUGUGGCCAGCACACGGGUCUAUGAGCUCAGUGACAGGUUUUUGGACAUCUACCAGGAGGGUACGUGGCUGGUGAAGUUCUACGCUCCCUGGUGCGGCCACUGCAAGAAGCUGGAGCCCGUGUGGAUGCAGGUGGCUCAGCAGCUGGCGCACUCGGAGGUGCGCGUCGGCCGCGUGGACUGCACCAAGUACAGCGGCGUGGCCAGCCACUUCGGCAUCCGCGGCUACCCCACCAUCAAAUUUAUUCGCGGCUCCGAAUUCGAGGACACCUACGAGGGCGACCGGGAGCGGGAGCACAUCGUCGAGUACGCUCUGCGUAUGAACGCGCCGGUGGUGGCACCCCUGGCCGACCCGGCCGCGGUCCGACAGCUCAGCUCCAAGCACGUGCUGUUCUUCGUCUAUGUCGGAGAGCACGAGGGUCCGCUGUGGGAGGCGUAUAGUGAGCUGGCGGGGAAGUUCCGCGCCCACCACUACUUCUACAGCUGCGACGAGAACGUCUUUCAGAAGGUGGAUAAGAGCGUAUCCGCUCCGUCGGUGGUUGUCUGGAAGGACGGCCGGUUCCGUCCGUUCGAACACUCGCCGUCCGAGCCGCACCUCAACUCCUCGCUCUACCAGUUUGUCAACACGGAGCGGUUCACGAGGUUUAUGAAGGUAACUGCUGGUAACUUUGGCCAGCUGCUGAGCACCGGCCGUCUGCUGGUGAUCGCCGUAGCCGAGGAGGACCCGGUCCGGCGGAUCCCGGCCGUGGAGCAGAAGUUCCGAGACAUGCUGGAGGCGGUGGCCAUCGACACGGCCGACAAAUACUCCUGCCGUAAGGUUCAGUUCGGCUGGGUGGCCCAGCCGAGUCUGGUGAACGGCGUGGCGGCGCGCACGCUGGCCGUGCCCUCUCUGGUGGUGAUUAACGCCUCCGAUUAUACCCACUAUGUACCGGACGACGAGCCGGAUCAGCUCACUGAACAGGCGGUGAUGGUGUUCCUGGACAGGGUGAUGGCUGGAGAUGUGCAGGCUGGCGGCGGCGACUCGUACCCGAUGCGGGUGUACCGGGCCGUGUACCAGGCGCGCAGCUCGAUCGAGGGGAUGUGGCGCGGUAACCCGAUCCUGACUGCGCUGCUGUUCGGCCUUCCGGCCGGCUUCCUUACGCUCAUCUGCUACUCCAUCUGCUGCCAGGACAUCAUGGACGCCGACGAGGAGGACGAGGAUUACGCGUACCACGAGAAAAACGAGUAACUGCGCCGUGCCGCCCUCUGCUGGUCGUCUGUCCGCCCUCUGCCGGCCGUGUCUCUCCGGCCUCCCUCGCCGUAUCGCCCGUGCCAUCGGUGUCUCACCCACCGGUCCGCCCAGCUGCUGCAGCAACACAUACAGGCAGGCGACGGGGUGACGGGGAAGUGUAUAGAGACGGCUGGGAUUGUGGAUGCCGUAUGGCAUCCGUGACUGGUCCUCUGUCAGACGUCGUGAGGUCGGUCUGUCAUCAGCUGUGAGUCUCAGCUACAGUGGUCAAGCUGUCAGCUGCGACUGGUACUCUGUCAGUUGACCGGUCUGUCAGCUGUGACAGUAUGACAGCCGUGAUGCCGGAUCUGCCAGGUCUGUCACCUGCAACUCAUGCAAGUCAUCAAGUCAUCAGGGCAUACUAUGUGGCUGUCGGUACAAUUCGCCCGAUACUGCUCGUGACGCCUCAGUCGCCAUUCUGUGGUCUGGCUCCCCAUAUAAUACCGCCUAGCCAGAAUUCACAGACCGGUACCGAUUAGUCGUGGCUCAGUGUUUCUGAUCGAUGCCGCAUCUCUGGACCAGUGGAUUACUCCGCUUUGUCUCCUGUCAGGCACAGGAAUCGAUCAAAGUCAGGAAUCAUGUAAAGUGUUCAAGUGUGCAUGUGCAUGAAAGAGUGGGGUCUGGAGACUGAAUAGCCAAUUUAUCAUUUAUUACAUUGUACCGUUUUACGAGUGUAGGUACUCUUUUAACUAGCAAUAUGUAUGGAUUUAUUGCAUGAUUAAGUUUAUACCAGAUAUUCAGUUAUACGGACUUUCAAGUCGCGGCCACCACUAAAGAAUGAGGUGCCGUAAGUAUGUUAUGUGUUCAUCUAACUGCCAACUACUCAUUCCUUUAUCGUGGUGGACUCAGUCAUAGAACGGCUGCGAACUAUUUUACCCAUGACGUUUGUCCUGUGCGUAUGUAGCUUGUGUAAUGUAUGCGUGAGUAAUGUAGCAAUCGUCAGUCAAUUCGCUGUUGGCACGUAUCUGUUGUCGCUCGCACUGUAACGGCCGCCGUCUUAUGUGGACUGCUGAGCGUGACUUACGUUCUACGAUACACUACACAGUGCACCUGUCAUUCGGGGGUCUUCGGGAGUCAGAAGUUUGAGAAUGCUCAGGAGGUCCACUGCUACAGCUUUGCCGUGACGUGAUAAUACGAUGCGUAGAUAACAUCAUGACUGCCGUUCUGGAGAGCGAGCUGUUAAUGAACUACCGUUCGGAACUUCUUACAUGAGCUUUGCCCAGCCGUAACAACAUUGUAUGCGUCGUGUGUGAGUGUUUCGUCCCGGGUCAGCUGCGUUGCGGGGUGGUCGGGUCGUGUUUCUCUGUCAGGUGUUUGUGGUUAAGGCGGGGGGGGGGGGGGAGUGACAGUAUUCUCGUUCGCGUGCCAUAUGUGACCUCUCGGGUCAUGCGUGUGACCGCUCGGGUCACUCCUGUAACCUCCUGGCUGCCAUUUGUGUUACAUGUCUCUCCCGAUCGGAUAUCUAGUCAGUCACUCGCGGACAAAGCCAAAUACAUGACUGGCUCCGUGGCCAUCCACGGCACCAGCGAGUUGAACAAA